CCUUCCCUCAACUACACUCUCCCUGAUUUUCUCGCUCUUUAUCAGUGAUACUACCGUCACAGGGCUGUGACAAAAACAUGCAGUGAGCUUCCGACACGUAGUAAUGGAAAUUGAAUUUAGAAUGUGAAGUGAAGAUAUUGUCUUGCUCAGUGACUCUUGACAAUGGUCUCAUGAUAAAGCUAAAGGCGGAAAGCCUUCGUUUUAACCUUUCCUCAAUCUACAAACAAGGCAUCUCCUUAUCUCUCUUAUUAAGACUUCAGUUCUUUUCAAUUUCUUAACCUAUUCUCUCUCCGCAGACUUGACCCUAAAAACCCUAGCCCUCUCUUCUCUCUAUCUGGUUCUGUUGCCGGAUUUUCUUUGAGAUCUCUCCCUCAAAAUCAUGGAUGAAGAGUACGAUGUUAUAGUGUUGGGCACCGGUCUCAAGGAAUGCAUCCUCAGUGGUCUUCUCUCCGUAGACGGCCUCAAGGUUCUGCACAUGGAUAGAAAUGACUAUUAUGGAGGAGAGUCAAGUUCACUCAAUCUUAUUCAGCUGUGGAAGAGAUUUAAGGGUAAUGAUAAACCUCCAGCAAGUUUGGGCUCUAGUAGGGAUUAUAAUGUGGACAUGAUCCCAAAGUUUAUGAUGGCAAAUGGUACCCUUGUACGUGUCCUCAUUCAUACAGAUGUUACUAAAUAUCUUUACUUCAAAGCUGUGGAUGGCAGCUAUGUCUUUAAUAAAGGAAAGGUUCACAAGGUGCCAGCUAACGAUGUGGAAGCCCUCAAAUCUCCACUUAUGGGCCUAUUUGAAAAGCGUCGGGCUCGCAAAUUCUUUAUUUUUGUUCAAGAUUAUGAUGAGAAUGAUCCCAGAACACAUGAGGGGAUGGAUUUGACAAGGGUCACAACUAGAGAACUAAUUGCAAAAUAUGGUCUCGAUGACAACACUAUUGAUUUUAUUGGUCAUGCAAUAGCGCUUCAUAGAGAUGACUGCUACCUAAAUGAGCCUGCAAUUGAUACUGUGAAGAGAAUGAAGCUUUAUUCGGAGUCUAUUGCACGUUUUCAAGGAGGAUCACCAUACAUUUAUCCCUUGUAUGGGUUAGGAGAGCUGCCCCAGGCAUUUGCAAGGCUCAGUGCUGUUUAUGGUGGAACAUACAUGUUGAAUAAACCUGAGUGCAAGGUAGAGUUUGAUGAGGAAGGAAAAGCUGUUGGUGUUACAUCAGAAGGGGAAACUGCUAGGUGCAAGAAAGUUGUCUGUGAUCCUUCCUAUUUGCCCAACAAGGUGAGGAAGGUUGGAAGGGUUGCUAGAGCAAUCUGCAUUAUGAGCCACCCAAUCCCAAACACCAGUGAUUCUCACUCAGUUCAGGUUAUUUUGCCGCAAAAGCAGUUGGGUCGCAAGUCAGACAUGUAUCUUUUCUGUUGUUCUUAUUCUCACAAUGUUGCUCCCAAGGGCAAAUUCAUUGCAUUUGUAUCGACCGAGGCAGAGACUGAUCAUCCUGAGUCUGAAUUAAAGCCAGGAAUUGACCUUCUGGGGCCUGUCGAUGAGAUCUUCUAUGAUAUUUAUGAAAGAUUUGAACCAGUCAAUGAACCUUCUUUGGACCAAUGUUUUAUAUCAACAAGUUAUGAUGCCACAACACAUUUUGAGUCAACUGUCAUGGAUGUGCUCAACAUGUAUACCAUGAUAACUGGAAAGGUUCUGGACCUCAGUGUGGAUCUAAGUGCUGCCAGCGCUGCAGAAGAAUGAGAAGCACAUUAAGUCCAUAAACUGAUAUAUGUGCAUUGUUCCAAUUCCUUUGAAUGUUAAAUGUUUCUGGUGGGAUUUGCCCCUUGAAAGCGGGAUUUGCCCCUUGAAAGUGGGAUUGGACUUAUCCUGGUUUUCUGUUUCCUUCAUAGAUUAUACCAUAUGUAAUAAAAUGGUGUUUACGAAUUUA